AUGGGCUGCCUUUGCUCAAAAGAGGCCGCUCCAGAGGAUGAUGUAACUGCGGAUGACAGAAAGAAAGAGUUUAAAAUUGCUUCUGUUCAAUUGAUUGCACCCGCCCCUUCAUUGCAAGAUGAGUCCAUAGCGAGAAAAAGUGCUGCGAAAGAGGAUUCUGUAGUGAGGAGAUUGAGGGAGGAUUCUGUAGGGGGAGGAGGCAGACGAGGAAAUGUAUCAGCACGGCCGUCCUUUAAGAGUGGUGGUGGUGGGGGAGGAGGAGGAGGGGUUGCAUCAGCAAGGCCGUCGCUUAGAGCUAAUCCAAGUUCUGUAAGUGUUUUUUUGGAAGAUGCAGAAAAGAAGGAUUGGAUUGUAGAGAGGCCAAAGAGAUCAUAUCAUCAAAGAAGUGCUACAAUGGAUGCUGGAGCUUCCAUUGCAGGCGUUGGAGGACGAUCACAUAUAUUGAGGCCACUUCUUGGUGCUGAAGGAGAGCAAGUUGCUGCUGGAUGGCCAUUAUGGCUAGCUUCAGUUGCAGGUGAAGCUAUAAAAGGGUGGGUGCCUCGACAAGCAGACUCCUUUGAGAAGAUAGAAAAAAUUGGGCAAGGAACUUAUAGCAGUGUAUACAAGGCCCGUGAUCUUGAAACUGGUAAAAUUGUUGCAUUGAAGAAGGUGCGGUUUGUCAACAUGGAUCCAGAAAGUGUUCGUUUUAUGGCUAGAGAAAUCUACAUUUUGCGUAAAGUGGAUCAUCUAAAUGUUAUAAAGCUUGAGGGAAUAGUCACUUCAAGGAUGUCAGACAGCUUGUACCUAGUCUUUGAGUACAUGGAGCAUGACCUUGCCGGGCUUGCAACGACACCAGGCAUCAAAUUCAAUGAAUCUCAGAUCAAGUGCUAUAUGCAACAGUUGCUUCGUGGACUUGAUCACUGCCAUAGUCGUGGUGUCUUGCACCGAGACAUUAAAGGUUCAAAUCUUUUGAUAAACAAUGAUGGAGUUCUCAAGAUUGGAGACUUUGGUCUUUCAACAUUCUUUGACCCUAAUCGAAAUCAACCAUUGACAAGUCGAGUUGUGACUUUGUGGUAUCGGGCACCUGAGCUUUUGCUUGGCGCUACAGAGUAUGGACCUGCUAUUGAUUUGUGGAGUGCCGGUUGCAUCCUUGCAGAAUUGUUUGCGGGAAAACCUAUUAUGCCUGGAAGAACAGAGGUGGAGCAAAUGCAUAAGAUCUUUAAGCUUUGCGGUUCACCCUCUGACAAGUACUGGCAGAAAAGAAAAUAUGUUGAUGCAACUAGUUUCAAACCUCAACAGCCUUACAAGCGUCGCCUUUCUGAAACGUUCAGAAAUUUCCCUCAUUCAGCAUUGUCUCUAGUUGAUAAACUUCUUUCAAUGGAACCUGAAGAUCGGGGAUCAGCUACUUCAGCGCUAAAUUGUGAGUUCUUCACAACAGAACCACUCCCUUGCGAUCCAUCAAAUAUGCCAAAAUAUCCACCGAGCAAGGAACUUGAUGCAAGGCGUCGUAACAUGGCAGAAAAAAGGCAAAGGGAAGAUCCUGCAAAAAGAUGUGAACCCGAAUCCAUUAGACAGAUGUCAAGAGAUUCGCAUAGACCAGAAUUCAUGGCUCAGGGACAAUCAAAAACCUUAAGCACCAGACACAAGUACAAUUCACAGGAUGAUGCUGGGGCUGGUUUUCCAAUUGACCCACCCGGGGGACAUAUGCGGAAGGGUUACUAUCAAACUAGCUCAGUUGUUCACCCUAUUGCCACUCGGAAUAAGAAUGCUUCUAACAGAAUUGGUGCAGAAUUGAGGUCGGAGAGAUCUCAACAUCCUCAGGCAGAUGCUUCGCUUAGAAGUAAUGAUAGAGUUUUCACUCGAGAACCUGUUAUGGGGUAUGUACCAAAGAAAAACAGGAUUCAGUACUCUGGACCGUUGAUGCCUCCUGGAGCAAACAUGGAUGACAUACUAAAAGAGCAUGAGAGACAAAUCCAACAGGCGGUUCGUAAAGCUCGUGUUGAGAAGUCUGGAACCAACAAAAACAAUGAGGUUCGUGAUCAGACAUACAAUCGUGGAAGAUAUGCCCAGUGAUUCUCAAGAACUCUUUACUCUGCUGCCUUGUAAACAUGGUACCCUCCUGGAAAUUCAACUAAUAUUUCAGGGAAAAGCAGCUGAUCUCCCCAGUGUAAGCGUCUUUGCUUGUGUUUUUCAUACUAGGGAGAGCAACAUGCCAUGGACGCACAAUGAAUGAUUGAAUUGGUCUAUCCUGAAAGGUAUUUUUGAGAUUCUUUUGCGGUAAACAAAAAAAAAAUGUUCUGGAAGUGAUAAAACAAUAAGAGUUUCUUCAUAAAUUUUCUUCAAUUAUCAGUGUUUUGCACCACAUGGUUGGGAAAAUUUACUUUGUAUAGGGGAAGGGCUCUAAUUCCUUAUUCCAAAAAAUGUGUAAGAUGGAAAAUCAUAUUUACCACAAAAAGAUUAAUCAAAUUCGAGGUUAUGCCAACUAAUUUUGUUGUUUUGUUCCUGUUAGAAAAA